GACGAGUCCUCCUUAUUGCUGUGCUGACCUGUAUUCGUUACGGACAGGAGAGAUGGUUAAAUCCAUUCAGUUCAAGACCCCAGUCAAUGAUCUCCACUGCAACAAACAUAUUCUGGUGGUGAGCCUGCAAGAGAAAAUCGCUGCAUUUGACAGCUGCACUUUCACCAAGAAGUUCUUUGUUACAA